GGGCGCGCCACCCCGAGACGCCCGUGUCCCCGGCGCAGGCGGGCGGCCCCGGACACCUAGUUGCCCGCAGAGGCGGCGACGGCGGCGCCCCCCCCACCCAUCAUGAACAGAGGCGUCUCCCAAAAGAGCCACGCAUUCCUUCCCAAGAUCUUCUUCCGCAAAAUGUCAUCCUCAGGGGCCAAGGACAAGCCAGAGCUGCAGUUUCCCUUCCUCCAGGAUGAGGAGACGGUGGCCACGCUGCACGAGUGCAAGACGCUGUUCAUCCUGCGUGGCCUGCCGGGCAGCGGCAAGUCCACGCUGGCUCGGGCCAUCGUGGACAAGUACCACAACGGCACCAAGAUGGUGUCUGCUGACGCUUACAAGAUCACCCCCGGCACCCGGGCAAGCUUCCCCGAGGAGUACAAGAGGCUGGACGAGGACCUGGCUGCCUACUGCCGUCGGGAGAUCAGGGUUCUUGUGCUGGAUGACACCAACCACGAGCGCGAGCGGCUGGAGCAGCUCUUUGAAAUGGCCGACCAGUACCAGUACCAGGUGGUGCUGGUGGAGCCCAAGACGGCGUGGCGGCUGGACUGUGCCCAGCUCAAGGAGAAGAACCAGUGGCAGCUGUCGGCCGAUGACCUGAAGAAGCUGAAGCCAGGCCUGGAGAAGGACUUCCUGCCGCUUUUCUUUGGCUGGUUCCUGACCAAGAAGAGUUCCGAGACGCUCCGCAAGGUUGGCCAGGUCUUUCUGGAAGAGCUGGGCAAUCACAAGGCCUUCAAGAAGGAGCUUCGACAGUUUAUCCCUGGGGAUGAAAGCAGGGAGAAGAUUGAACUGGUCAGCUACUUUGGGAAGAGACCCCCCGGCGUGCUCCACUGCACAACCAAGUUCUGUGACUACGGGAAGGAGCCCGGGGCUGAGGAGUACGCCCAGCAGGACGUGGUGAAGAAAUCUUACUGCAAGGCUUUCACACUGAGCAUCUCUGCCCUCUUCGUGACACCCAAGACAGCGGGGGCCCAGGUGGUGCUAAGUGAGCAGGAGCUGCUGUUGUGGCCCGGUGACGUGGACAAACAGCCGUCUUCUGAUGGCCUGCCCCGGGGGAGCCGCGCUCACAUCACCCUGGGCUGUGCGGCUGGUGUACCACCCAAGCAGACAGGCUUUGACCUCUUAGAGAUUAUGCGGCAGGAAAAGGGGGGCAGCCGAGGUGAGGAGGUGGGGGACCUUACCCGGGGCAAGCUCUAUUCCUUGGGUAAUGGGCGCUGGAUGCUGGGCUUGGCCAAGAAGAUUGAGGUCAAAGCCAUCUUCACGGGAUACUACGGAAAGGGUGAACCUGUGCCCACACGUGCCAGCCGGAAGGGCGGUGCUUUCCAGUCUUGCACCAUCAUCUGAGGUUCUUACACUGCACCCCUCUACUCUUUAGGAGGGAGCGGGGUGGACUGGGCAGCUUGCCCUCUAUUGAUUUUUAAAGUUUUUUUUUUUUUUUUUACUUAGUUAACCUGUCUGUAACUUUUUAAGAAUUGUAAAGUAACUGCCUGUCCCUUCCUGCCCACCCUCUUCCCCUCUAACCCCAAGCUCUCAACACAAAUGGUGGGCGACACCGUUCAGGAAUCUAAACCAGAGCUGGUAAGGCUGGGCCGGCAGGCCUGGAACUGCACCUGUUCCAUGUCCAUGAACUGGCCAACCCACCUUUAGCCCUGGCCCAUUGCCUGGCCAGCGUUCCUGGGAGAUACUCCAGAACUGCAAACACCACACCGUGGGCAGUGGGAUCACUGCCACAAACAAAAAAAAUGGGUGGCCUUGAGAAGGGGACGAUCCCUGGGUGCCAAUGCUGUUUCUGAAUCACUGUAGCCCCUGGAAGGUUGGAGCUACUGAGUAGGGUAGAAAAAGGGGCUUACCUCCCGCCUCAGAUCUGACUUACGUCCCUGUGCCCUCUUUCACACUGGAGCUAAAUUAGUAGUGUGAUCACUAGGGAAGACAAUAAACAGCAGUCACAUCAGGAUGCUUACUGUCCUCAUCCUAGGAGGGGACGGAGUGGCCUUCAGAGUGGCAUGGCUCUACUGUGGGUGGGUAUCAAGGCUGGAGUAAUUACAGCCUUGCUGCCUGCCCAGCCCGUCCUGCCUCCAUGGGGCCUCUGGGCCUCCUUGAAAGGGGGCAGGUAGGUAUCAAGAACCAAGGGAGGGGACCCCAAGCUCACAAAGACAAGCCCCAUCUGCUGUUCUAGGGGACUCUGCAACUACUCCGUGUGCUGUGGUUCCUGGGGUACCUUCCACUGCCCUCUUGCUGAGUAACAGGACCUUGCUAAUCAGGCUGUCCCUCAACCAAUGUUUACGUUCCUAUCCUGGCUUUGCCCAACCUCGGCAGCUUGUAAGACUGAUAAUGAAAUAAAUCAUGUUAAUCCUG